AUGGACUGCGUUGUGAUUGGGCCAGGCCUGGGCAGGGACUCGCUGCUGCAGGAGUGUGUGGCUGACAUCAUGUCUGCCGCCCGGCAAGCACGCAUCCCCAUGGUGAUCGAUGCGGACGGCCUGCACCUGGUGUCUAACCAGCCGCACCUCAUCGCCGGCUACCCUCUCGCCAUUCUCACACCCAACGUCAAUGAUCUUGGAAGGGUCACAAUAGUGCAGAAGGGAGCAGCUGAUGGCAUUUCAGAUGGAAAUGCAGUUUUUGAGUGCGGUCUCUUUGGAUCACCCAGGCGAUGUGGCGGGCAAGGGGAUGUGCUCUCAGGAAGCAUCGCAGUGUUUUUCGUCUGGGCUCGCAAGUGGCAGCAGCGGCUACAGGAAGAACAGCAGCAGGGUGGUGGUUCCUCCGACGCUGAAAUGCAGCAGCUGGUGGCAGAGCAGCUGUCUGACAAUCCAGCAGUCAUGGCAGCGUUUGCCGGGUCGCUGGUGGUGAGGAGAGCAGCAGCAGAUGCCUUUGCCAAGCACAAGCGCAGCAUGACCACGACCAACAUCAUUGAAUGCCUUGGCGAUUGGUAA